AUGACUGAGCACCAUUUCGAUAUUCCAGGCGUCGAGGGCGGGCGAACCUAUCUACUCGAGAUCAACCCGAACUACGUUUUCCGUUCCAUCGAAGACAAAAAGAAUGUGAUUGAUGCACGGUGGAUUGAUACCUCAUCGGGACUGUUUAUCGAUAUUACCGCAGUGCGUCCGGACGAUGCCAAGAGAAAAAAGGGUGAUACCGGAGCCUUAAUGUGCAAAGACAAACAUCAUUUCGAUGAAACGAAAGCGGUCGCUGCGACGACGAGGCGCCGUCGCUUUUCCCGUUCGAACGACACCUCUCAAAUAUAA